CUGUCCCCUGACGGAGGCUGAAGUAUCCAAACUUUUUCUCUCCAACCAUCCUACAACAUGUCCUCUUGACCCAAUCCCCUCGCACCUUCUGCAAGCAAUCUCUCCCACGCUCUUACCGGCACUCACACACAUCAUCAACACAUCCCUCCUCACAGGCAUCUUCCCCACUGUGUUCAAGCAGGCUCGGGUAACCCCACUGCUCAAAAAACCUACAUUAAACACUUCUCUUAUAGAAAACUAUAGACCUGUCUCUCUCCUUCCAUUCAUAGCGAAAACACUUGAACGUGUUGUCUUCAACCAGGUCUCAUUGUUUCUUUCACAGAACAACAAACUGGACGCUAAACAGUCAGGUUUCAGGAGUGGCCAUUCAACUGAGACUGCGCUUCUCUCAGUCACUGAAGCCCUGCGAAUUGCAAAAGCCCAUUCCAAAUCAUCAGUCCUCAUUCUGCUGGAUCUAUCUGCUGCGUUUGACACUGUCAAUCAUCAGAUACUCCUGUCCACUCUCUCAUCACUGGGCAUCACUGGAAUUCCACUUCGCUGGUUUGAAUCCUAUCUCACUGAUGAUCCAACGGUAGCUGCAAGGAUCUCAGGUUGCCUGGCGGACAUCUCGGCAUGGAUGAAAGAACAUCACCUUCAGCUCAACCUGGCAAAGACUGAGCUUCUUGUCUUUCCCGCCGCUCCAACUCUACAGCAUGACAUCACGAUCCAGUUAGGUUCAUCAACAAUUACCCCAUCAACUUCGGUCAGAAAUCUUGGUGUAAUCUUUGAUGACCAGCUGACCUUCAAAGACCACAUUGCAAAGACUGCUCGAUCUUGCAGGUUUGCACUACACAACAUCAGAAAGAUCAGGCCCUUUCUGACGGAGAAUGCUGCACAACUUCUUGUCCAGGCCCUUGUCAUUUCUAGGCUGGACUACUGCAAUGCUCUUCUGGCUGGACUUCCAUCGAACACAGUCAAACCUCUACAAAUGAUUCAGAAUGCGGCGGCACGACUGGUCUUCAAGGAACCCAAAAGAGCCCAUGUUACACCUCUCUUUAUCUCAUUGCAUUGGCUACCAGUCGCAGCUCGCAUCAAGUUCAAGACAAUGAUGCUUGCUUAUAGAACAACCACAGGCUCAGCACCCGCCUACAUGCACUCACUAUUAAGAAUCUACAUCCCCUCCAGAAGUCUGAGAUCUGCUAGUGAGCGACGCCUCGUGGUACCAUCACAAAGAGGCUCAAAAUCACUCUCCAGAACGUUCUCGUUCACCAUUCCUGGCUGGUGGAAUGAUCUUCCCACCCAUAUUCGGAGUGCUGGAUCCCUGUCAAUCUUCAAGCAACAGCUGAAAACUCAUCUCUUUCGACACUACUUGACUUCACCCUACAGAUAAAAAAAAAAAAAAAAAACUCUUUCUCCUUAUUUAUUCCUUCCCUUGCUAGCUUGUACUUAUUUAAACAAUGCCUGAGACUUGGUGUUUAAGGCACUUCGUUUGUCGGAUUGCCUCUUCAAGAUGAAUCGCUUUAUGUAUUCCCCAAAUUGUAAGUCGCUUUGGAUAAAAGCGUCUGCAAAAUGACUAAAUGUAAAUGUAGAUAUAUAUCUAGACAUUCUAAAAGACUACUUUUUGUCAAGAUUUAGAUAUUUUUGGUUAGAUAAGUAUCAGGUUUUACAUUAUGAUUACAGUCAAACAUUAAAAUCUUGUUAAAAAGGAAACACAUAGAAAGCAUUUUUGUUACUCAGUAUUUGAUAAUUAACAACAAAACAACAAAAUAAGGAGUAGAUAGUGAUAAUUCAAAACACUUUAUAUAAACAUUUUGUAAUUAAUUGAUAUUUUAUUCAAUGUAAUUCAAUUAAUGUUAACAUAUUUUCAAAAUUUGCUCUGUUGCAGUUUUACCAGUUCAUUUCUUUGUAUAUAUGUAUAUGUGUGUGUGUGUGUGUGUGUGUGCACUUUGGAUGGAUUAAAUGCAGAGCACAAAUUCUGAGUAUGGGUCGCCA